AUGUCCGGUCAUAGAAGACGUCACUAUCCACAAGCUCAAUAUCAAGUAAAUCAACCAGCUGCAAAUAUCCCUCCAGCAGGUCAAGCAGGUGUUGUCCCAGGAUAUCCAGGUCAAGCUCCAUAUGCUGCUAAUCCAAAUCCAGCUUUAAAUGGAGUUAAUGGUGUCCCAGGUGCCCAAGGUGCUACUCCAGCUUAUUACACACCAGGUGCUGCUGCUCCAGUUGCAGGUGGUAUCAAUGGUUAUCCACAACAAGGUCAAGAUCCAAGCAUUGAUGCUGCUACUCAAGGUUUCAGUAAUAUGAAUAUCCAAGGUAUUCCAACUUUACCUCAACAACCUACUCAAGGUUAUCCUCAACAAUCAGUUUAUCCAGGUGCACCAGUAGCACCAGUUGCACCAGUUGCAGGUGGUUAUAAUGGUAUUACUUCACCACAAGAUGCUGCAAAUGCAUUGAGACAAACUUUACCAUUGAAUCAAUUAUAUCAAACAGAUUUAUUGAAAGAAUUACCACCUCCAAUUCAAGAUCUUUCAUUACCACCACCACCUUUAGUUAUUCCAUCUGAUGCUACUUUAAUCCCAAAUAAUCCAAAUGCUAAUACUCCACCAGAAUUUACAAGAUCAACUCUUAAUGCUAUCCCAACUACUCAUUCAUUAUUGAAAAAAUCAAAAUUACCAUUAGCUUUAGUUAUUAGACCAUAUAUUUCAUUGAAAAAUGAAACUAAACCUGUUGCUACUGUUGGUGAUGCAGUUAUUUCACGUUGUCGUCGUUGUCGUUCAUAUAUUAAUCCAUUUGUUCAAUUGACUAAUAAUAAUACAAGAUGGAGAUGUAAUUUAUGUUCUUUAGUUAAUGAUAUUCCUGCCGCUUUUGAUCAUGAUGCAUUCCAAAAUGUUCCAGCUAAUAGAUAUGAAAGAUCUGAAUUAAAUCAUUCAGUUGUGGAAUUUAUUGCCCCAAAGGAAUAUGCUGUUAGAUCUCCAGAACCUUUAACUUAUGCAUUUUUAAUUGAUGUUUCUAUUCAUUCAAUUAGUUCAGGAUUAUUAGCAACUGUUGCAACUACUAUUUUAGAAAGUUUAGAUAGAAUUCCAAAUGAAGAUACAAGAGCAAGAGUUGCAUUCAUUGGUAUUGAUUCUUCUUUACAUUUCUUUAAUAUACCAGAAGAUACUGAAGAAGGUGAACCUUCAAUUUUGGAAGUUCCAGAUGUUGAUGAACCUUUCACUCCUUCUCCAGAUAAUUUAUUAGUUAGUUUAAAAGAUGCUAGACAAAAUAUUGAAAAAUUAUUAUCAAAUUUACCAAAUUUAUUUGCAAAUAAUGCAAAUCCUUCAUUUGCUUUAGGUCCUGCUUUACAAUUUGCUCAUAAAUUAAUUGAAAGUUCUGGAGGUAAAGUUAUUACUUUUGGUUCAACUUUACCAAAUGUUGGUAUUGGUAAAUUAGCAUUAAGAGAUGAAGAAUCAGUUUAUGAUAAACCAAAAGAAGCUUCAACUUUAUUAAGUGUUGCUAAUUCAUUUUAUAAAUCAUUUGCAGUUGAUUGUAAUAAAUCUCAAAUUACAGUGGAAUUUUUUUUAACUUCUUCAAGUUAUCAAGAUGUUGCUACUUUAGCUAAUUUACCAAGAUUUACUGCAGGUCAAACACAUUUCUAUCCAGGUUGGAGUGCUGCAAGUAUUGAAGAUGUUACAAAAUUAUCAAAAGAAAUUUCAAAUACUUUAAGUUCAGAUAUCCCAUUAGAAGCUGUUUUCAGAGCAAGAGGUUCAAGUGGAUUAAGAAUGAGUGGAUUCUAUGGUAAUUUCUUUAAUAGAUCAUCAGAUUUAUGUUCAUAUCCAACAUUCCCAAGAGAUCAAAAUUUAGUUGUGGAAAUGUCUAUUGAAGAAAACAUUACAAAACCAUUUGUUUACAUUCAAAGUGCAAUUUUGCAUUCAACUCAUUAUGGUCAACGUAGAAUUAGAGUUAUUACAACUGCAAUUCCAACAACUUCAAAUAUUUCAGAAGUUUAUGCAUCAGCAGAUCAAUUAGCUAUAACAAGUUAUUAUGCUCAUAAAGCUGCAGAAAAAGUUUAUUCUUCAUCAUUAAUUGAUGCAAGAGAUUUAUUAAACAAAUAUUUGAUUGAUUUAUUAAAUGUUUUUAAAAAAGAUGUUGUUGCAAGUAAUACAGGAGGUAUUUCACCAUUAAUGUUUUCAACUAAUUUAAGAAUGUUACCAUUAUUAAUUCAUUCUUUAACUAAAAAUAUUGCAUUUAGACCAGGUAGAGUUCCAUCAGAUCAUAGAGCUAAUGCAUUAAAUUUAAUAGGAUCAAUUCCAUUACCUCAAUUAAUUAGAUUUAUUUAUCCAACAGUUUAUUCAUUACAUGAUAUUCCAGAUAAUGUUGGUUUACCAGAUGAAGAAACUGGAGAAAUUGUUUUACCAGAUGCAAUUAAUGCAGGUGCAGAACAUUUUGAAAGAUAUGGAUUAUAUUUAAUUAAUAAUACAACUGAUUUAUUCUUAUGGGUUGGUGGUGAUGCUGUUCAAGGUUUAGUUAAUGAUGUUUUCGGUAUUCCAGAUAUUUUCCAAGUUCCAAUUGGUAAACAUGAAUUACCAGUUUUAGAAAAUGAUUUUAAUGAAAGAGUUAGAAAUAUUAUUUCAAAAGUUAGAGAAAGUCAUGAUACUGUUAUGUAUCAAAACUUGUACAUUGUUAGAGGUGGUUCUACUGCUGAACCUAUCAAUGCUGCUAAUGCUAGAGAAGUUUCAUCAUUAAGAUUAUGGGCUGCUUCUAAUUUAGUUGAAGAUAGACAUAAUAAUUUACCAAGUUAUCGUGAAUUCUUAUCAGCAACAAAAGAAAAAUUAUCUCAAUAG